GUGGAGCACUUCGACAACUCGCAGGAGGCCAUCUGCCAGCGCCUGGACUUCGCGCAGCAGGCACAGCUCCAGACCCUGAACUCGUCCCAGGUUCUCCUCCACAAGAUCGACUCGGCCCAGGAGGACGUCGUGAACAAGGUGACCGAGCAAAAACACCUCGUGGAGCGGGUGAAGAGCGGCCAGGAACUCAUCCUGGAGACUCUGACGGGCUCCUCCGACUCGGCCAAGAAGGAUUUGUUGGAUUCCAUGGAGAAUUCCUCCAAGGCUCUUCUCCGAAAGCUGGACACAAGCCAGCAGGAGCUGCUGACAAAGCAGGGUGAGCAGCACGAGAUCCUGGUCUCCGUCAACAAGUCUCAGGGCACGCUGAUGCAGAAGAUCGACACCGGCAAUGAGGCCGCAGCACGCCGGGCUGUGGAGCAGGACUCGCACGUGGAGCGGAAGAUGACGGAGAUGCGCAAGGAGGUGGUGUCCACGUGCGACAAUGCCGUGUCCCAAAUCUCCAAGAAUAUUACCAGCGAGAUGCACAAGCUGGGUUCGCAGAACACGAGCACCACGGAGCUCUUCCAAAAUGGCAUGGCCUCCCAGGAAGAGCGCAUGGCCGACGUGCGCCGACAGAACAUGAUGAUCAUGGACAUGCUCUCGGGCACCCAGGAGCGGGUGAUGCAGUCUGCCGAAAACAUCCAGAGCUUCACUCGCUUGGACCUCGCUGCCAGCUACCAGCUGGAUCAGGCGAAGCUGGAGGUGGAGAUGCGCAAUGUGGUGGCCAAUGAAAUGGCGCACAUGCGGUCUGAGCUCGAGACGAUCAUGCUGGGAAGCGAUGGACAUGAGGCGGGAUUCUCUGGGAACGAGUUUGACCAGCAUCUCGCGGAUACUGCGCUGGCCGGUGAACUGGCGGAUGCCAGCGCUCGACUGGAAGCCCAGUACCGGCGGAUCCACACUCGGGAAGUGCAAGCUUUGGAGAUGCGCCAGCAGCAGCUCCCUUUCACACCUCCGCCGCGCCCUCCGCCGCGGGACCCCGAGCAGGGAGCCCCGCUGCCAGGCGCAGAUACCUGGGAAAUUUAG